AUGGCAUCCCUCCCAGAAAGUCCGGCCGUCGAGGCCUCGCAUAGCAAUUGGGUCGUGCAAAAGUUCGGUGGUACUAGCGUGGGCAAGUUUGCUCUGAAGAUCAUUGAACAAGUCGUCCAACCAAGCCUGGCUGAAAACAGAGUCGCCGUGGUGUGUUCUGCUAGAAGUAGUUCGACUAAAGCUGAGGGUACUACCAACCGGCUACUUCGAGCCGCACGAGAUGCUGAAAAUCCCCGUUCCCGGCAAUAUGUAUCACUCGUCGAAGCCGUCCGCUUGGAGCAUGCUCAAGUCGCCGAAGAACAAUUGAAAUCACAAGAGCUGAGGGAUCAAGUAGUGGCAGAAAUCACCGAGGAGUGUGAGCGGGUUCUCAAAGUCCUCGAGGCUGCGCAGACAUUGGGAGAAAUCAGUGCCCGGUGUGUGGACAAAGUUAUCAGCACUGGUGAGAAACUGAGCUGUCGACUCAUGGCCGCUCUGCUCCAGGACCGUGGGGUAGACUCGCAAUAUGUGGACCUUGCAGAUGUGAUUGAUUUUUCCAUUGGCAGCCACGGUCUCGACCAAGAGUUCUAUAACAAUCUGGCUGCUGCACUCGGGAAGAAAGUAGACGAGUGCGGACACCGAGUGCCAGUAAUAACUGGUUAUUUCGGCAUCAUCCCUGGAGGCUUACUGGACCAGGUGGGUCGGGGCUACACAGACUUAUGCGCUGCCUUAGUCGCCGUUGGUACCCACGCCAGAGAGCUUCAGGUUUGGAAGGAAGUGGACGGCAUCUUCACCGCAGAUCCUCGAAAAGUGCCCACUGCGCGUCUAUUGCCCGCCAUAACCCCAGCCGAAGCCGCCGAGUUGACCUUCUAUGGCUCGGAGGUGAUUCACCCUUUCACCAUGGAGCAGGUCAUCCGCGCCAAAAUCCCUAUUCGCAUCAAGAAUGUGAUGAAUCCCAAGAAUCGAGGCACCGUCAUCUUCCCCGACUCCGCGGCUGAGCUCGAACGGACCACACCUGGACAUGACCCUCGUAUGUUCCGUAUGCGCAGCCCAAGUCUGAUGCAGAAACCCAAGCGACCGACUGCGGUGACCAUCAAGCAUAAGAUUCUCGUCAUCAAUGUGCAUUCCAACAAGCGAUCGCUUUCACAUGGUUUCUUUGCCGGUAUCUUCUCUGUACUGGACAAGUGGCGUCUCUCUAUCGAUCUGAUUUCGACCAGCGAGGUCCAUGUGUCGAUGGCUCUUCACUCCGAAAUGCCACUGCUCAACGGAAACGGACGAGAUGAUUAUCAGGUUAUUGACGUCGAUCUAAACGGGGCUUUGAAUGACCUGGCUAAGUAUGGUACCGUGGAUAUAAUCCCGGAAAUGGCCAUCCUUAGCUUGGUUGGCAAGCAGAUGAAAAAUAUGAUUGGAGUUGCAGGGCGCAUGUUCACUACUCUUGGUGACAAUAAUGUGAAUAUUGAGAUGAUUUCGCAAGGUGCCAGUGAAAUCAACAUCUCCUGCGUUAUCGAGGAGCGUGACGCCGAUCGUGCCCUGAAUAUCAUACACACCAGCAUGUUCACCUUCCUGGACUAG